CAACUCCAAAAUAACAACCGCACCCAUUUCUCAAAACACCUGAACCCCCCCCAACAUCUGAGAGAGAAACAACAACCAUGUCCCAAGACCCCCGCCUCAAACCAUUCCACCACCUCCAAGCCCCCUACAAAACCUUCCAGGAUACCACCACCAACACCUCCCAAGAAAUCCAAACAGACAUCCUCAUCCCAAAGACCAUUCCCAACCCCAAGCCCCUCCCUCUAAUAAUCUACUUCCACGGCGGAGGCCUAAUAUGCGGCUCCUCCCUCCACCCCGACUGGUUCCCAAACUACCUCCUCGAUCUAGCGCAAACCACGCCUGCCGUCCUCCUCGCCCCGAACUACCGUCUCCUCCCGGAGGUCACCAUCCACGAGGUGUUCGGCGACGUCCUCGACUUUUGGGACUGGGUGCACGCCCCGGCCAGCGUUGCCGCGCUGCUCGCCGCGGUCCCUUCACCCCAGAAUACCUCGGACAGGCUCGCAGUUGACGUCGCCCGCGUCCUCGUGGCGGGCGGUUCCGCCGGCGGGUAUCUGGGUCUGUGUCUGGCGCUGCGGGUUCCCGAUCAGAUCGGCGGAGUGGUCGUGGGGUAUCCUGCUUUUUUGGGGGUGUCGUCUUCUGCGGUGGCGUCUGCUGCUGCUGCUGUAGCGGGGGGAGUAGCCGGGGGAGCAGGAUCUUCCUCGGUGAGAGGUGACGAUGAAGAGAGGAAGAGUGGAUUGAGCAACGGGGAUGGGGUUAGCCCAACCUCCACCACAACCACAACCGCAACCACAACCGCAACCACAACCACAACCACAACCACAACCACAACCACACCCUCCCCCUCUCCAACUACCCAAGACCUAAACCAAAUGCACCACCUCCUCAACACAGCCCUCGCCCUCGCCGCCCAGAACCGCCGCCCCGUCCGCACCUCCACGACCCCCCCGGACCGCCUCGACCUGAUGAAUGCGGCGAUGCGCACGGGCCGGAUCGCCGAGCUAUUCGCGCGCGGCGUCGACCCGGCGGCCCACGACCCGGACCGGACCCUGCGGUAUCCGAUGGAGAGGCUGGAUGAGCCAGCCCCUCAGGUUCCGCGGGGUGGGAUUGUAAUCUUGCAUGGGCGGGAGGAUGAGGUCGUGUCUGUGGAGGAUAGUGUGCGGUUCGUUGGCAAGGCGAGGAAGGUUUUGGGACCAGAGGGGGGUGCGGGGAAGGUGGUGGUUGUGGUGCGGGAGGGGGGGCAUGGGUUUGAUACACCUGGUCCUUAA